AUGACAACAAAACCAUGGUUUCAACAAUCUGCACAAGUUCUUAAUUCAUUAAGCUCCGAAGAUGUAACAGCAGCCCUUAUUAAUAUCUCACAAGUGCCUUACUCAAAAGUUACUGACGAGAGAAUAAAUACGUUGAUGAAGCACAUCAAAAUUAUUGGUGGUCAUGUCAUGGGCUCAGCUCAUUCAAGAUCAGCUCUUCGUACGAAAAUUCAUUCUUUAUGCUUUUAUCUCGGUCUUCCUAGUCUUUUCCUCACGAUCAACCCAGCCGACAUCCAUAGUCCAGUGGCACUUUACUUUGGAGGUGUCAAUCUUGACUUCGACAAUGUUCUACCAGAAGUUCUGCGCACAAGUUAUGAGCGUGCUCAAAUUAUCGCGGCACACCCUGUUGCAACUGCUAAGUUUUUCGACUGUUUAAUAAAAAACGUUUUGAAGAGCCUAGUGAUGGGCGGUGUGCUGGGUCCUACAAAAGCAUAUUUCGGCACUGUAGAGAAUCAAGGAAGAGGAUCGCUCCAUCUGCAUCUCUUGAUUUGGCUUAAUCAUGAAUAUACUCCAGCACAAUUGAAAGAAAGUAUUCAAAAUCAAGAUUUUCGUGAAAAUUUACUAAAAUACUUAGAAGAUGUCAUAAAAGAAGAUUUGGAUUCCUUUCGAGGUAAUAUACUUGACACUGUGUAA